AUGAGAUCUCAUUCCUCCUACUACUCUCUCCCCUCCUCUCCCUCAGCUCCUUGCUUCUUGACUCUGUCCCAUACAGCACUCGCUCAAUUCCUUCCCUGGCUGCCCUCGCUCCCCCAGCGCCUACCCACGACUGCUGCCGCCUUCUCUGCCAUGUUGGACUUGGGCUCCUUCCCCCCUCUCUCUCUCGAGCCUCCUCAUAUCUCUCCGAUCCCUACCCUGAUCUCUCCCUCGUUUCAGGGGAAUGUUGUUCCCAGCGCCCCUCCCUUCAGCCUGAUCCUUGGCGCGGCUGCCUGUCACACCUUUUUCCAUCAAUGCUCUCUGUGUCAUACAUCCUCCCUUGUCGCCUAUGCUGUCCCUCAUCUCUCCUUCUCUGCCCUCUGUUGUCCUGCUUCUUCCUCUCCUCCACCUCAGGUUCCCUACGCCCCUCUUGCCCUCCCUCAUACCCCUCUCUUCCUUCAGGGGAUAAUUCCUUUUCACGCCGCUCCUGCUUACCGCAUCGGCGCCGAUCCAGAACAUACUCAUAUUCCUCCUCUUCAUUCUCUGUCCCCCCUUCUUGCGACCUCUCCCCUCUUCUGCGAUGCUCUUCAUCGCUCCUUCUCGUCUCCUUUCUUUUUUCCUUCCUCCCUCCCUUCUCACCACUUUCUCUCUGGCCUUCCAGCCUGCCCCUCCAUCCCUCUCUCUGGCCUUCUAGCCUGCCCCUCCAUCCCUCUCUCUGGCCUUCCAGCCUACCCCUCCAUUCCUCUCUGGGCCUCUCCCUUUGCUCCCCGUCCUGACGUGCUCGUCUGCCCCAUUCUUCAUCUGGCUCACUCUCCCCAUUGCCCACGUUGCUCCUCAGCUCUCCCUCUCUGUCUUUCUCUCUCCCAUACAUCAUGUGCAUUUCGUCCUACUGAUCUCCCUCGCUCAUACUCCUCCCCCUCCCCUCGACGCGCUCUUGCCUCCUCUCCCGAGGCAUACGUUCCUUCGCGCCCUCUGCCACUGCUCGCAGGUGCGCUUUACUUCCUCCACCGCGCAUUCUCGCAUCUGCCCCUGGGAUGCACAGCGGCGAAUGUUCGCUGCCCCUAG